AUGACAAUUGCCUCGCGACAGCGCUCCACGUCCAACAUCUCCAACGCCUCGGAUCGUUCAGGGCGUCGCGGUCCUCCCACGCCCCUCGUCGGCGCACGCUCGAAUCUCGGCCUGCCUGAGCACGACAUACAAAACCUCGUCUCUCCUCCGCUCCUGACCCCCAACGGCGGCACUGGCUCGCCAUACUCGCUGCUUCCCCCGGGGGGCUCCUACACCACCAGCCCGCGCGCCCGCGCGCAUACAGUUGCAGACCCGAACCUGACCCAGAGGCACCCAAACUACUUGUCGCAGGCCACCAUGCAUCAGUACAAUCUCCCGCCGCCGCCGCCCCAACCCACCUCGAACCCCGCCUCCCAUAACAUGAACCUCCCCCCGCCACCUCCGCGACCUCCGACCAACCUCAGCGGAAUGCAAAUGAAUGCUCCGCAGCAUCAAAACUAUGGUUGGGGCGCACCGCGGCAGCAGUACAACCCGGGUGCGUACCAGGGGUACCACCUUCCUCCUCCGCCAGGGCCUCCGCCGCUGCAGCAGCAGCAGCAGACUCAGGAGGCGCCACUCACCUCAGCGACCUAUAUACCCGGUGGAGAGUCAUUCGGCCCAGGCGUCGGCAUCCCGCCGCUACAUACGUCAAGACACUAUCAAGAGCCGGCGUUUUACAGUGAAGAAUCCUAUUCGGCCAAUACUGACACCUCUGCGACCAGUUUUCCCGUGCAAAACUAUGGUGCCAACAACUCGUACGCUUCUGCCACCAACCGUAAUCAUCUCAACAUACCCACCGAAAGAUCGAUAAGCUACGACUCGCCCGGACCACCUACGGCCACUAUGCAAAAUCCCAUACCGCAAGCACAUGGGAGUCUGUAUUAUCGCAACGAAAAUACUGGCACUACCCCUAUCUCGCCAAACGACGCAGCUUCCCUUUGGCCAGCGGAACGAGUUCAAAUGUGGCUGGCGAGUUACGGAUUCUCAAGGGACUGGCAGGAGACGUUUAAGACGCUGGGUCUGGAAGGUACCAGGUUUCUGGAGAUCGGGCGCGGCCAUGGUGGCAAGGGCAACGUUGGCAUGAUGCACCAAGUCAUCUUUCCGCAACUGGCGAAACAAUGCACAGCCAGCGGGACCGGCUGGGACCAAAACAGGGAAAGAGAUGAGGGUCGAAAGCUGCGGAGAUUGGUUCGUGCCAUCGUUGAGACGGGAAGCGCAAGCAAUGUGCGGCUGCCCCAACGACAAGACACAGGCAUGACGCUGGUCAGCGCAGGAACUGAGGGUACACUCGAGAACUCCCCAUAUUUAGGCACGGGCCGUGAUCAGUUUGGGUCGACGCCCACGACUGCUGGUGGCGGUGAAGAAAGCCCCGGACGUCAGAUGCCACUCACUUCGCCUGGUUCCGCGACGAUACCUCGCCAACGAAACUUUACUGUGCCUGGGCUCGGUCCGCCGCCUGACUACAACGAGACGUCCGGUCUGAACGCUUACUCAAAGGAGCAUCGCGAGAUGCUGCGCGACCUGGAUGCCAAACCCAAACACCGACACAGCCCUAACGCCUCCGGAGAAUUUGCUCCCUCUUCGUUCGGCACUUCGAACCAUCGCGAUGUAAUGAGGCAAGCAAGUCCACAACAAAGCCCUGGCUUGCAGUCGGCACGCCUUGCGACGAAUGGCCAGCACAGUGCGGGUUUGAAUUCGUCAGCGAACAGGUACUACAGCAACCACGUCCGCGGUAACAGUUCUGAGUCGAAUCUAUCCACAUUCGCUACUGUCGGCUCCGUUAGCGGCGGAGUCUCUGGUCCACCUUCGGGUAGAUCUGUCGAGGGCAGGUCUGAAAGCCGUACUGAGAAAAGGUCCGGCUUCGAUGGUGGCUCCAGACCAGGGACUGGCAUGUCAAGACAUGAUAGCGCAGAGAUUCCAACGAGCGCAAAGGACCACAAGGGGUUUUUGCCAAAAUUCAUGCACCGCAAGAAGAAGGAUGAAGGGCAUCCUUCGCCUGACGAUACCAGCCUUGACUCUCCGACCAGCCCAGCGAGCCAUCGGAACAUUGCUGCAGGAACAUUCUUUGGCAAACCUGGACUGAACUCUAGCGAGACUUCACUGAACGACCGCCCAUCCUCUCGCCGUUCCGCGCAGACAGAUUCAGAGAGUCGGACCGGUAUCCGUGGCCUUGGCUCCUCGGUGCGAGAAAGCGACAGGAAAUAUGCAUUCGUCACUCCGGAUGGCUGGAACUACCGACUCGUUGACAUAUCCAAUGCCAGCAGUGCAGCAGCGCUGCGAGAAAUAGUCUGCGAAGAGCUUAACCGAGGACUCAGUCAAAUGCCUGGCGUCCAAUUCCACUUGACGUCUCCAGGACAGUACGAACACAACGAACCUCUUACCGAUUCCAAGCUGCUGAGUGCCAAGUCACAAUAUGGGAACAAACUGGGAGAUCUCAAGAUAUUCGUCAAGAUUCCCCGAGAUGUACAUACUCCUUCGUCUACAGGUUUAGGGGUCUCGAUUCCUCCCCCAGUUGGCAAACCUAUCGAUGAGGCUACAUAUGCUCGUCUAAAUGAACUAGACCCAGAUGUCAAAUCUGGUGAAUCCACUCUUGUCCCCGACAAGAAUGGAAAACUUCGAAAUCUGGCAGAGAGACAGGAGCUAACCCCUGAAGCAGUAGCGGAGCGUCUUACCGGUGGCAACAGAUUACCAGAGCCUUCGUGGGCUGUAGGAGACGAUCUUCCAGAAGAGGAGCGCCAGAAGCUUCUUCAAGCCGCUUCUGAGGAGCACCAGCGGGAGACCAAGCGCAAGCAGGCAGCUUACCUGGCAACUCGCCAAGAAGCAAUCGGGAAGAAGGGAUCCACACCCUCGUCGGCCAAAGAUGUUGGAAUUCACAGUCCCGGCAUCAUUGAUUUUGACGAACCACGCAAUUCACCUUAUGAAGGUCCAAAAGCAUUUGACGACCGGAGGAAGAGCAAGCAGUUGGUGCCGCUUAGAGAGCCACCGCCUGUUCCCGGGGAUUCAAGCACAUUGAUCAAGGCUAACUCGUUGUCGAAGACUAAGAAAGAUCGCACUUCUUGGCCUGACGGUGACGAGGCUCAAGCAAAGCGAUCAUCAACUGACGCAGACCUCUCUAAGCGUAAAGCUAUACCUCAAGGACCCGGCGGUCUAUCUAGUAUUGCUGCUGCGAUCAUCGGGGCAGGUAAUGUCGGCAGCUCAGUCGGAGCUGCCAACAAAGCUCCUCCCAAGGUGCCUCCUAAAGACUCUACCGAAAACCUGCGUCCCUCGCAGAGAGUUCUUCAAGACAGUGGGUUUGGAUCCAGUUCGGGGAGGAACAGUCCAGGUGGGUCUCCUCGCAGUCUCACCAUGAGCAAGGGCAAUAUUCCGUUCUUGAUACCUGACUAUGAGGAAGAUGUUCCCGAUGAUGUUACGCUUGACAGGCCGCUCCUGAAGCUCAAGAUGCCAAGCGCGCCCAAUCCGACAGUCUCCAAACUCAAGGAUGAUCUACCGUCGCGGUCAAGGUCACCCAAUGUCAGUCCCCACUCGGCACACCCGCCAGCUUCAGCCUUGUCCCGGGACUCAUCGAGAGUAUCCAUGUACGGAGGGACAAUCGACUUUGACGAAGCGCGAGUCUCGUUUCAUUCGAAAAAUACUCAGGAUUUGGACCCCGUCAAUUCUGACGACGACUCUGACGAUGGACUAUUCGCUAUGCCCCUUGCGAAGACUGGGCCUCCUACUCCUGCCAAGAACGCAUUAUCAUCCGCGGUGGAUAAUCGCGGACAACGUCCUAACCUUACCCUGAAGACUUCGCGGUCAAAGAACUCACUGGACCGGGUGGCGGAGAGAUCAGGCGAUGUCAGUGCGGCCACAGACGAUACUCGUAGCACUCACCCGAACGAUGUGAAUCCGGAAACACCCCACUCCAACACCUGGACGGACUCACCGGACGACAGGGGUGGCUUCAACAAUGUCCUGCGCAGAGAGUCGUUUGCUUCUGAUCUUUGGGCUAAUCGACCUCCCGCGGAGGCCCUUGUGGAGCACUUGGACGAGUUCUUCCCCAAUGUCAAUCUUGAUCAGCCAAUGCUUGAGGAAGAUGCAGAAGACACCGACGCAUCAACCGAAGUGACCGGUGACUUUUCCAAGGACAGUCGCUCUGUCACGCCAGCCUCCUCUUUUGAGGAUACCAGCAAUGCUGCCCCUACUCUCAACAGAGCGUCAGUCCAGUCAAUAGCGCAACGCAAUAUCCGUAAGUCGGGCGUCGGUCUAAGUCGUACCAAGUCGAUUCGUGAGGUGGUAAAGUCUCAAUAUCAGCCACUGGAGAAAACGCCUCUGCCAGGGCGGAUUUCGGCCGCUGCCGCAGGACCCUCGCGCAUUUCUACCUUGCGCAGCGGAGACAUUGUCCGCAGAAAGUCGACGAAGAUGUUCCACGCCAAGAUUGAGCAGGUCAAGCCUCCACGUGGCUCCAGGUUGAUACAACUAGAGACGAUUCCGCAGGAUCACUUACCUCUUCCGCAACGUCAGCCUACUUUUAAAUGGAUGAAGGGUCAACUCAUUGGUAAAGGAACGUUUGGUCGCGUAUACCUUGGUAUGAACAUAACUACGGGGGAGCUCAUCGCGGUCAAGCAAGUAGAGGUCAAUCCCAAGGCGGCUGGAUCUGACAAAGACAAGAUCAAGGAGCUCGUGAAGAGUCUGGACCAGGAGAUUGACACAAUGCAGCAUCUGGAUCAUGCGAACAUUGUGCAGUAUCUUGGUUGCGAGAAGAAGGAGUACAGUAUAUCUAUCUUCCUGGAGUACAUCAGCGGUGGUUCCGUCGGCUCCUGUAUCCGCAAGCACGGAAAGUUCGAGGAGAGUGUUGUCAGCUCUCUCACCAGACAAACGCUUGGCGGGUUGGCGUACCUGCACAGAGAAGGCAUCCUGCACCGCGAUCUCAAGGCAGACAACAUCCUCCUUGACCUGGACGGCACGUGCAAAAUUUCCGACUUUGGUAUUUCCAAGAAGACGGACAACAUCUACGGCAACGACGUUACGAACAGCAUGCAGGGUUCCGUCUUCUGGAUGGCGCCAGAGGUGAUUCGGUCGCAGGGUCAGGGCUACUCUGCCAAGGUUGACAUCUGGUCGCUCGGCUGCGUGGUGCUCGAGAUGUUUGCAGGCAAGCGGCCGUGGUCCAAGGAAGAGGCCAUUGGUGCCAUCUACAAGCUAGGCAGUCUGAACCAGGCACCUCCCAUCCCCGAAGACGUGUCAAGAGUCAUCGGGGUUGAGGGCUUGAGUUUCAUGUACGACUGCUUCACCAUCGACCCAGCGGAGCGCCCGACGGCCGAAACCCUUCUCCGCUCGCCGUUCUGUUUCUCGGACCCGAACUACAACUUCCUCGACACGGAACUGUACGCCAAGAUCCGGGGUGCGUUCCAGUGA